ACCCAACACCUAGUCCAAUCCCAGUUUUCCCCUGUGCCAGAUGCGCCUUCCCCACGUGACACCACAAUAACAACAACACCAACAAUCCAUCAUCACGUUCACAAUCACAACACAACCCUCCCUCGUGCGUGCGUUCCUUCCUUCUUCUCCACUUUUCCUCUCCAACCAAACCAAAAGGGUCAAAAAAAUUAAAAACCCGAAAUCCGCUACUUCAAUUCCUCUCCUAAUUUGCGAGCGAAAAAUAAAUAAAACCAGAAAUCCUUUCCCAGGAACCUUCCUCUCCGAUUCAUCACUCAUCAGAAUCCAUGGGAUCCUCCUUCGAUCCAACGGUCAACGUCUCGCCGAACCUUUUCCCCUCCAACGGCCGCGAUUGAAUCCGCCAGAUCCAACGGUCAACGCUCUCCUCUUUCGAGAUUCGAAAAAAUGAAGGUGGCGAAAUCUCGCGUGUGGCAGCCCCUGAAGAAGAAGAGGCUUUAAUAUAUACUUAUAUAUAUAUAUAGAUAUAGAGAGAGAAAAGGUUGUUGCAGAGAGAGAAAGCGAAAGAUGACGUCACGUUCUUCGGCGCACGGUAGCAGCGGUGGUGGGAGUGGAAUGAGCAGGACCCGUGUGGGGAAGUACGAACUGGGUCGGACCCUGGGCGAGGGCAAUUUCGCCAAGGUCAAGUUCGCGAGGCACGUCGAAACUAAAGAGAAUGUCGCCAUCAAGAUUCUCGACAAGGAAAAGAUUCUCAAGCACAAAAUGAUUGCCCAGAUAAAACGAGAAAUAUCAACUAUGAAACUGAUUAGACACCCAAAUGUCAUACGUAUGUAUGAGGUAAUGGCUAGCAAAACAAAGAUAUACAUUGUAUUGGAAUUUGUGACUGGUGGAGAGCUGUUUGAUAAAAUUGCACGCAGCGGGAGGUUGAAAGAAGACGAAGCAAGAAAAUAUUUUCAACAGCUUAUAUGUGCUGUGGAUUACUGUCAUAGUAGAGGUGUUUUCCAUAGAGACCUAAAGCCGGAGAAUUUACUGCUGGAUGCUAAUGGAGUUCUUAAAGUAUCAGAUUUUGGAUUGAGUGCAUUGCCUCAACAGCUUCGGGAAGAUGGGCUACUUCACACAACAUGCGGUACGCCAAAUUAUGUUGCUCCAGAGGUGAUUCACAACAAAGGCUAUGAUGGUGCAAAGGCAGAUCUAUGGUCAUGUGGUUGUAUUCUCUUUGUUUUAAUGGCUGGCUAUUUGCCCUUUGAAGAAACCAAUCUAACAGCUUUAUAUAAAAAGAUUUUCAAGGCUGAGUUCACGUGCCCCCCAUGGUUCUCUUCAAGUGCAAAGAAACUAAUCAACAGAAUCCUUGAUCCCAAUCCUGCCACUCGGAUUACAUUUGCUGAGGUCAUUGAGAAUGAUUGGUUCAAGAAAGGAUAUAAGCCACCCGUAUUUGAACAGGCUAAUGUUAGUCUUGAUGAUGUAAAUUCUAUUUUCGGUGAAUCUACGGAUUCAAAAAAUCUUGUUGUAGAGAAGCGUGAAGUGGGGCCUGUGGCACCUGCAGCACCUGUGACUCUGAAUGCCUUUGAGCUCAUCUCCAAAUCUCAGGGCCUCAAUCUUAGUAGUCUUUUUGAGAAGCAAAUGGGACUAGUUAAAAGGGAAACACGGUUCACAUCCAAAUAUCCAGCAGAUGAAAUAAUUUCAAAAAUUGAACAAGCUGCAGGACCCCUGGGUUUUGAUGUUAAGAAGAACAACUGUAAGUUAAAGAUUCAAGGAGAAAAGACUGGACGGAAAGGUCAUCUGUCUGUGGCUACUGAGAUCUUAGAGGUGGCCCCUUCACUAUACAUGGUUGAGCUGCGUAAGUCUGAAGGAGAUACUCUGGAAUUUCACAAGUUCUACAAAAACCUUUCUACUGGGCUAAAAGACAUUGUUUGGAAAUCCGAGCCUAUCGACGAAGAAAAACAAGGUGCCAAUACAUCAAAAUAACUGUUAUCCAAACUUUCAUCUCUGUGCGAAGUACAGUCACAAGUUGUGUUAUUGUCUAAUAAGUGUGGGCAUUGCAGGAUUCUGUCAUGGAUUUUUUUUCGUCAUCCGUGUAUGAAAAUUUGCCUUUAUUUGAACUGUACAUCAAUAACUUUUUUCAUUUUUUGUGCUGUCACAAACUUUACAAAAUGCAAAAGGGAAAACUAGGCUAGCUAGAUGUUUCUAGUAUUUGUUUGCAAGACCAGUUGCAUGUGAAAAUUUGUGUUUAUUUGAACUGUAGAUCAAUAACUUUUUUCACUUUUUGUGCUGUCACAAACUUCACAAAUGCUAAAGGAAAAACUAGGCUAGCUAAAUGUUUCUAGCAUUUGUUUGCAAGGCCAGUUGCAUGUGAAAAGUUGUAUUUAUUUGAACUGUAUAUCAAUGACUUUUUCAUGUUUA